AAUUACUUAAAAAUCAUUAUUAUUGUCUUUGCUUCAUUUAUCAUUCAUAGAUAUCUAUCUUCAACUCCAAGCAUCAAAUCAUACAUACAUAGAAGAAGAAGAUCAAAUUAUUAUUAAAGGUGCAACAUGAAACGUUUUGGGUUUUCUCUUGCAUGGGGUUUUGCAACAAUUGUGCUAGCUUCUUCAUUGGUUUCCGCUGCUGUUGUGGAUUACACUUGGGAUGUGGAGAAUUUUACAGUGGAGCGUUUGUGUGAUGAGCAUGUAGUGACUGGAGUGAAUGGAAGCAUUCCAGGGCCAGCAAUUAACGUUAGAGAGGGUGACACUGUAAUUAUACACGUUAGAAACAAGUCACCCUAUAAUGUUACUCUUCAUUGGCAUGGAAUAUUUCAACUUGCAAGCCAAUGGUCAGAUGGUCCAGAAUAUGUAACUCAAUGUCCGAUACCUCCAGGUGGCAGUUACAGAUACAAAUUCACCAUAACAAAACAGGAAGGAACACUUUGGUGGCAUGCACACUCAUCUUUCUUGCGUUCCAAUGUUUAUGGAGCCCUUAUUAUUCGUCCUCGCUGGGGACACUCCUACCCAUUCCCUAGAGUUUACCAAGAAGUACCUAUUUUGCUCGGAGAGUGGUGGAAUGUUAAUGUAGAGGAUGUUGGGAACAACGCAUCACAAGGAAUAGUUCCGAGAAAUUCAGACGCUUUCACAAUUAAUGGCUUGCCUGGCGAUUUAUAUAAUUGUUCCCAAAAUCAGACUUACAGGCUGAACGUGAAGCAAGGAAAAAGGUACUUGUUGCGAAUUAUCAAUGCUGCACUGAAUGAACAACACUUCUUUAAGAUUGCGAACCACAGCUUCACGGUUGUAGCCAUUGAUGCUAGCUACACUCGGCAGUAUAAGACGGACGUUAUAGUAUUGGCACCAGGGCAAACCGUUGAUGCAAUCAUCACAACAAACCAAAGCGUGGGUUCUUACUACAUGGCAUUCACAGAAUACAGAUCCUCAAAUGUGAUAAACAAUAACUCAACAACAAGGGGAGUGUUGGUUUAUGAGGGUGCAUCACAAUCAUUAGCCCCUAUAAUGCCUGACCUACCAGAUCAAUUUGACACACCAACUGCACACAAGUUCUACACCAACAUUACAGGUUUAGCCGGUGGCCCUCAUUGGAUCCCCGUUCCACGAAGCGUGGACGAAAACAUGUUCAUCGCAUUUGGGAUUGCACUAACACCAUGCAACCUUCCAGGACCAAGUGGUUGCAUUAAUCUUGGAGGAAUAAAUGUGUUAUUAUCGGCAAGCAUGAACAAUGAGUCUUUUGUGUUACCAAAGGGUAGAGGCUCCUCUAUGUUAGAGGCAUUGUACCACAACAAUGUUAGUGGAGUCUACACUAGAGAUUUCCCAAGUCAACCUCCAUUUGUGUUUGACUACACGGAUCCUUCUCUAGCUUUUGGUAACACCACCUUAGCCUUUGCACCUAAAUCAACAAAGGCCAAGCCAGUGAAGUUCAAUUCAACGGUGCAAAUUGUGCUUCAAAAUACGGCUAUUCUUGGUGCGGAGAACCACCCUAUUCACGUUCAUGGCUUUAAUUUCUAUGUUUUGGCUCAAGGGUUUGGGAAUUAUAAUGCUUCUGUAGAUGAAAGUGAGUUUAAUUUUGUUAAUCCUCAAGUCCGUAACACAAUUGCUGUGCCUGUGGGAGGAUGGGCUGUCAUCAGAUUCCGAGCCGAUAAUCCUGGUAUUUGGCUUGUACAUUGCCAUUUGGAAAAUCAUUUGCCAUGGGGUUUAGCCAUGACUUUUGAGGUUGAAAAUGGACCCACUCCUUCAACAAGAUUGCCUUCACCGCCGGCUGAUCUACCAAAGUGCUAAUUAAGCACUACUCCACACGACAACAAAUAAUUAAUAAAGCUUCAACAAAUUAUAUUUGUAUUAUACAAUAAUUCAAAAAUAAAGAUCUGUGUUAUUAAUAUUAGUUAUCCACUCUGUUUUGGUAGUAGGUUCCCAAUUUGAUUUGUUUCAUUUAUACAUACACUGUAAUAAAUGGCUACAGUCUUAGACUUGUUCUUUCAA